CAGGUUUCUGCUGUCAUCGCGGUACAUGUUUGACGCACCGGAACCUCAAUGUUUUGAUCCUGUUGGAUUGUUGCAGUUUUUCGCCACAUCGUAACCGUGUCCUUCGAUUCAUUAAAUCAUUCCUUUCUCACUGUUUGUUGCUUUUCGCCAUGAAUGUUCUACCGAAAAUCUUCCUAUACCGUGUGCCUGUCUUUGCAGUGAGAUCAUCUCAGUUUUGCGCAACACGCUGCUACAGUACGGCCGGCAAUGAGACCAAAUUUCCAAAGAAUGUUAUAGAAAAUCUAAACACAGCUCAAGAGCAGCAAACAAAUGGCGUUAUUUAUGAUAAGAAACCGUUCCGAAUGGAACUGGAAGAAGGAAAACGUUACUCUUGGUGUCUUUGCGGCCGUUCCAAAGGUCAACCGUUAUGCGAUGGAACUCAUAAGCUAGUGCAGUAUAAAAUCACCCAGCGGCCUAUACGGUUUCAGGUCGAAAAAUCUGGCACAUAUUGGCUGUGCAACUGCAAACAGACUAAGCACCGACCCUUCUGUGAUGGAACGCACAAGUGCGAAGAGGUUCAGAAAACUGCCGGCAAGUAAAAUAUGCGUGGAAUUGCAAUACGGGCAAAGUAUACAAUUUUGUUCACACUCAUAGCUAUUGCUGGCAUCUAAUUCUGGCCCAGAAUGGCAGUAUGGUUUAUUAUAGAAUAAAAAUUUAGACACAAACUUA